UUACAAUCAGACGAGCCCAUUUCAAUAAGUACAACGUGAAAAGGUGGUGGGGUGAUGGGUUCGUACUUUCCCCGAGUCAGUCAGGUUGCCCCCUGCCCCUCCCCCUCCUCCGCGCUGGCCAAGGAGCUCAAGGCCUACAACGCCGAGAUGCAGCGCAUACUGGCCAAGUACACACACAAGCUGCCGCCGGUUGCGCGGACACAACUCGCUGCCAUGGAUGUGGCGGCACCCGCCAGCAGCAGCAGCAGCACCGUCCACAGCGUUUACCGUCGCAGCAGCAGCAGCACCACCACCACCACCACCAGUAGCCAGGGCGGUGAGGCAGCAGCAGUAGCAGCAGCAGCUUCCACUGGCCCGACUAGCCUCGGGUCCGUAGCCAGUGAGGCGCCCGCUGGCGGCGACAGCGCCUCUGGGUUGGGCAGCAGCACUAGCAGCAGCCCUAGCACUAGCAGCAGUAGCGGCAAUGCGGGGGCAUUUGCAACGCCAGGCGUGUCUGCCGGAGCCAGCGCCGCCAAACAGGGCGGCACAAAGGCCCCAGCGGCAGCAGCGGCACCGGCGGCAGCGGCGGCUGGCGGCAGCGGCGCGGGAGGGGCGCACGAGAAGUCGUAGAGAGUGGGUGAGCGAUGGGACAGUGGUAAGGCAGGUUGGUAAAGUCCCGUAGGGUGCAGCUGAUUCCCAGAACCCAGCAGAUGGCAAACAAUUUGCAACGGCAGGGCAGGAGUGCGCGGUACCGACGAGUUGCUGGAUGGCUGGAAGUUUGCUGACGCGCAUUCCUCACGCUCCGGGCGCCCGGCCAGGCGAUAGCACCACACAGACACACCGCAACUCCACACUACUCGCGAGGCAGAGCCGCAUCGCACCUGCAGGAAGAAGACCAGCGUCCACGGAUGAGCACCAAAGGCAACACAGAGAAAAUGCAACAGUAGAGAGUGGGGGCUGAGUGAUCGCAGGGAGUGGGCCGGCGCGCGGCUGCUCGGGGCAGCGUUGCCUCAGGAGUGGGCUGAGUCGAAGAGCAGGGCAGUGUGCCGUGUACCGUAGCACAGGGCGGCAGGUUGUGUGCUUAGGAUGGAGUGCUGAGUGAAUGAGGGGGGAGGGUUGGCGCGGCGGGGGAUCAUGGUUGGGCAGGCUCUUAAGCGGGAUGGCAUACCCGCUUGGCUGCAGUGCAGAUGUGAUGGAUGCGGGGUCAGUCCCGGCGGCUUGUGUCUGCCACCGACGCUGUACCUGCAAGCCGGGGGCGCGGUGCGUCCUGCUGCGGCUGUAACAUCAAAGCAUC